AUGGUUAAGAAGCAUCUUCGAGACAAGUUGUGGAACUUCUCUUUCUACAAGCUCAUUGUGGUGUUUGGUGUACUCAAUGUUCAGACUCUAGAGGAGUUGGUUCUCUGGGUUGGAUGGUUCGCUAUUCUAGCUUUCCUUCAUGGUUUUGCCCAACUUUCCAAGGACAGGUUUGAAUAUCUUGCAUUCUCUCCUACAACCUCCAUCAAGACGCAUGGUUUAGUGAUAACUCUACUGUUUCUGAUCUUGGGUGUAACCGGUGCUCUGAUGGCGGGUAGCUUCUAUCUCUGUUACGAGUUAGAUUGGAAUCUUCUCUUCUUUAUGCUGGCUGAGUGCAUUUUGGUUGGAAUACGUGCUAUCUUCGUCCUUGCAAGAUAUGCUAUUCACCUGUAUGACUUGCACCAUGAAGGAGUCUGGGAGAAUAGAGGCAGUAUCAUAUACCAUACAGAACUGGUCCUGGAACUCAUCACACUCACCCUGGAUUUUGUGCAUCAUCUUCACAUGCUAUUGUGGGUGAAUGUAUUCCUGAGCAUGGCCAGCUUGUUGAUCUGUAUGCAGCUAAGACAUCUGUAUUAUGAGAUCCAACGGAGAGUCAAGAGACACAGGAACUACAGGAGGGUGGUUGCUAACAUGGAAGCAAGGUUUCCCCGAGCUACUGAAGAGGAGCUGAUAGCAAACAAUGAUGACUGUGCUAUUUGUUGGGAAGAAUUGAAAGGAGCCAGGAAGCUUCCUUGUAAUCAUCUGUUUCAUGAUUCCUGUCUGCGUUCUUGGUUGGAGCAUGAGACAUCUUGUCCUACCUGCCGUCAAUCUCUCACAAUCCAGUCUACACCAUCUCGUCCUACCCCGGGGAGGGGGCCCACUCCACCUGGUCAUGGUGUCAGACCUAACCCAGCUGCUAUGAUGGGAGGGGGAGAGGCGAGGCCUAACCAACCUCUCAGGAACCACUUCUUUCAUUUCGAUGGAUCACGUAUAUUCAGCUGGCUGCCUAGUUUCUCUGUAGAAGUGACCCAUGCUCAUGUAGUAGGCCCUCAAGCUGCUCAUACCUCACAGCUGGAUAAUAUGGCAAGACAGGUGAGCCAGAUGUUUCCUAAUGUUCCCAUGAGAGCCAUCCUUGAGGACCUUCGUGUUACAAGAUCAAUGGAAGUGACAGUGGAUAACAUACUAGAUGGCAGAGUGGCCACAAUGGGGAUGGUCGGCGAUAACAACCCUGAUGCUGGUGACCAAUCAGAUCAAGUACCUCCAGGAAACUUCCAAGCCUUCCAACCCAACCAAGAAGAGGAUGAAGACAGGGGAUUACUCUAUAGACAAGCAAGGCAGCAUCCUAGAGAAGAGGAGGGUUCUAUUGAUAUCACCAGAGGGAUGGAAGGAACAGAGGACAAUGCUGCUAAUUGGACUAGACCAGACUCAGGGGCAUCUAACUCUGCUCCAGGAACGCAAGAUCCAGAUCUCAGCAGCGGCUUCCCAAGUUAUUCCAGUCGAUUCUCUAAGUCUUCUUCAGAAAGAGAAACAAUUCUCCAGCAGCGGAAAGAGAAGCUCUUACAACAGGCCAGAAGAAAAUUUCAAGAUAAGCAGUUGAGAGAAUCCACAUCGGAGACACCGCAAGGCACGUCACACUCGCAACCUUCGACAUCCUCGAUGCAUUCAGGAAGCCAGGAGACCUCUCAAGGUCCCUCUGUCCAGCCACCACCCAGGAAUCAACCUCUUCUGUAUUACCGUGCUACAGAGGAUAAUAGAGUAGGUGAUGAUAGGCAGAGGGUUAGGGCUGCAGCGUUGGAAGCGGCCCUCCGUAGACUCCAGCAACAGCAGAGUCCAAUAUGAGCAGCUGGUCUCGCUCAUUAUACUACAGUAUCUGUCAACGAACUUUUUUUUGCCUACAUGACAGCGGACAUUGCUGACAUUAGGUUUGCUCAUUGCAAUCGUCCGCUAGAGGUUUGAAAUAGCUCUGCGCCUUGAUUUGUAAGCUAAUGGGUUUGAUGACGAUUUUUUAUUAAGGCAGCUUCAAUUAGCGGAAAACAGAUAUUCCAUAUAUUCAAAACGGUGUUCUGUGUAAAUUCAUGAUCCUAUAUGUUAGAAUUUCUAACAGUCAUCCCUGGGUUUAUCAAACAGUUGUCAUAAAUCUUGCAUUUCUUUGCAAAUAUGCAAUUGAUAUUUGUGACUGAUUGCUAGCAAAGUUUCUUGCAACACCAAAUUAUUUUUUAUGAAACACUUUCUCUGGUCUGUUAACACUGCUUACAGUUCAUUGUUGAACUGCGCUGAAUGUAUAUUUUAAUUGAAAAGAAUCAGUGUGAAUUAUUGACAAUUAGGCAAGUAUGAUUCUGACCAUGUUAACAAAUUUUUUUUGUGGGGGGUGAUCAUUUUUUUCCUUGCAUAAAUUUGAAAUCAAUGAUCCCACAAAAAUAUGCUGAACUAUGCUCUUGAGGCAAAGACACAAUUUCAUAGUUUCUAAAGGAAAAAUGCAUUGUUAGAGAAAUGUUUGUAUCUCUGGCAGCCAAAUGGAGAAAAUAUGUAACAUUUUAAAGAUAAUAGAAGUCAUGGAAAAGAUAUAUAGAUGAUCAUUUUGAGGUAUAAAUUCUUUUCAAGAUAUUUAGAAAGAAUAACGCUCUCCAUAUGCCCUCACAUUCAAAAUAUAACUAAUGAGCAAAGACAGUUGGUCGUCAAUUUGGGUGUUGUCCCACACGUGCUUAUCUGUGUGCAGUGCGUGUGACCUUCAGGAUUGAGUUAAUAUUUAUUCUGGUGGUUCAUUCUAACACCAGUUUAAGGUGCACUAUCAACAGCCUUUAACAGUCCAUUUGAAACAGUUUCCUCCAUUAUUCAUAUUCAUAACAAGAACUUAAACUUAAUCUACAAUUAUGGUCAUUUGUAUUCUCUCUCGCAGGACAAUAUUUUUUCAAACAUUUUGAGCUUUGUGUUGAUUAUGAGAUGAUGUUGGAUAUUUUGCUUGUAAGUUUGUAUUAAGUUAAUGUACUAUUGAUAGGCUGAUUUGGAGGCUUAUAUCAAAUAUCUAAAAAUAUAAAUUUAAAGUUUGCAUUUUUUUUUUUGUAAUUAUGAUCGGUUUUUCAGACCUACAUGUAAUCAAUGCAAUACGUUUCAAAUGACCGUAACAUUGACGUCUGCUAUCAUUGUUAAAUAUUGAACUUAAAGUUGCUUUAUUUUCUAUUUGAGUUGUGCACAUAAUAUUGAUUCGUUGAAUGUUUUUCUUGUUCAAUUUUUCAAAUCUAAUAUACAUGUAUAUAAGGAGAACAAUUUUAUAUCUAUAUAUUAUAUAUACACACGGUACACUAUACGUAUAUUGUAAGGUAUAGGGAUUAUGAUUGAUUUAAUUGUUUUCUUCUACUGAAUUCCACACGAAUGUCUGCGUAAUAAGACGACUUUCGCAAAAUGAAAGAUUUUGAAGUUUAGUUGCAUAUUACUCCUGUUCUCUAGCUGCAUUUACUGACAUGAUUGUAAAAGUGCCACUUAAAUUUCCUUAAUAGCUAUUUUUUCUUCUUUAUAUCUAUUUUAUGUAUAAAUUUUGAUUGGUGUUUCUUUGAAAAAUAUUGAUCAGUGGAGUGCACAUGAUGUCAAGUCUCAGCCUGAGACUCUCACAUUAGGGACUCUUGCUCAUCUCCCCCCCCCCCCCCCUCCAUCUCUUUCUCACGCCUGUAUCACAGUCCAUCCCCAUUAGACAUCAUACACAAUGCCUGGUGGUCUCACGCCUAGUUGAGUUCCCUGUCCUAAAGAUGAUGCAUUGCUGGUCUUUGAUCCUGGCAUCUCUGAUGUCACAAAGCCACAAUGAGCAUAAAUGAUUCUCUCAUUGUUUUUAUUGGCCUUUUAUGACUUGUUCAGAAAUUUACUUCCUUUGCUAUACUUCAAAAUGUGCAUUACACAAAUGUAUGUGUACACUAAAUCGUGCCUAAGAAGAAGGGGAGAUGAAGAAAAUUACUUUCAGGGAAAUCAUAGCACAUAGGCUCAUUAAAUUAAGAGAUCACAUUACCGGUAAUGACAUUAUACAUUAAAUUUAUUCAUAUCACCCAGAUAUAUUCUCAAUAAAAUUAAAAGGUAUACUCUGGGCUGAAAAUAGUUAUAUCUAAAUGGAUAGAGUGAAAUUCGCUGAGCAAAAUGCUGAAAAUUUCAUCCACAUCUGAUCACAAAUAACAAAGUUAUUAAAUUGUAUAGUUUAGCAAUAUUUAGUUGAAACACUGAAAUGUGUAUCAAAUAUAAUUUUAAUGUUAUUCUUUUUUUUUCUAUUCACGCAGGUAUGUUGUGCAUAUCAUUAUCACUCUACGUUCAGAUGUGCCUGAUAACAGAAUGAAUGUUUCAGUAGUCAUAGCCUCAAAGAAAUGACAGAUUCCUUAUAUAUACAAUGGGUUAAUCUUCAGUUGAAUAGUGUAAGGUUUAUCAUGUUCAUGAUUUCAAUAUAUUUGGGUUUUUUUUACAACUUCAUUGUUGGAAUACGGUGAGAUACUGCUUGUUGCCGUAACACAGGCAGCUAAGCACCAGCCCUGAUGCUGGUAGAUGAGCAACGUUGCACAGUACUUCAAAUGUCAAGCAUCAGGAACUCGAGUUAUGAAUUCUCUAAAAACAGACUUAUGCGUAUAAUAAUUACCUCUAAAUGCAUUAGUGAAUUGUUUUGAUGGUUCUGUUUAUCAUGAUUACUGAAUUUUAUUUUCCUUAUCAUUGCAUCAAGCAUGUAUGAAGUUUCCUGUCAUUUAAAUGCUUUUGUAUUAUAAUGCUUCAGGGUUUGUGCUGAAGAAAGUAUAUAUUUAGAGUGAGAUUUAUAGCGUGUAUUGACACCGUUUUGUUUUUUCAAAGCUAUCCUGCAAAAGAUAUUGUUAAUGUCUAUCAUUUUUGUUCUUGUUCAUUUUCAAGGCAUCCCAUCUUCUAUUUCGUUCAAACUACUAUUGUUCAAUGCAAUGAGAAAAAAAAUAUUUAAAUGGAGUGAAUUAAUAAAUAAGCACUAAUUACAUUUCAA